AGUUAGAAGACAAGUAAGGAGCUUUAUCGUUUUUUCAGAUCUCUAAUUGAGAAGAGUUUGUAACCUUGGUGGACGCCGAGUGAUAAUAUGAGACUUGUUUGGAUUUUCUUGGCUUUAUUCUUUCCGUUAACAGUUGCUGUGAAACAGCAAAAGUGUUCAUCCGCUUGUGGCUGUUCGAAUGGAAUUCCCGGUGUACCAGGCGUUCCAGGUUCACCAGGAAAGGAUGGCAGAACUGGUGAAAAAGGGGAUGUUGGUUCGCCAGGAUCUGCUGGAGGAAAAGGUGUUUCUGGAGAAAAAGGCUCACCUGGCACGAAUACCGUUUUGUACUCAAACUGGAAACAAUGUGCGUGGCAGCGGUCCGAUGGCAAGGAUAUCGGAUUAAUACAGGAUUGCGUGUUCGAGAAAAAACACAAGGACUCCUCCCUCAGAGUAUUCUAUGGCGGGAAUCUGCGUAUUCACAAAUGUAAUGGCUGCUGCAAACGUUGGUAUUUCACAUUUAAUGGAGCUGAAUGCAAGAAACUAAUGGCUAUUGAUGGCGUUUUUUAUAUGCAAACCGGGGCAAAUCAGAAUAUUCACCGCCACCGCCAUAUUGAGGGUUAUUGCAAUGAAAUUCCAAAAGGUAGUGUCCGCGUUGGAUUUCGGGUUGGGAAUUGCAGGGGUUAUUCGCAUGCCGAUGCCGACUCUGGUUGGAACUCCGUAUCACGCAUUGUCAUUGAAGAGGUUCCACCACCACAAUCUUAAUACAAUUAACUAAUGAAUUUUUAAUGAAACAUGUAGACUAUUGAAAGGUAUGAAAGGUACGCACUAUAGGUAUUCAUUGUAUAAUUAAUAACAACAA